AUGGGAUCUCUCGAAACAGACCAGGUUUUUGUGACCGUCUCGGCGCUCGAGGCAGGACAAUUGACUCUUCCAGAACGUCUGUUCAUCACGGACGCUGAUCCGAUGAAAAGAGCCACAGUUCCUUCGUUGUCCUUUCUGAUCCAACAUCCGUCUCGCACCGGAAAACUUACCAAACUCGUCUUCGACCUUGGUUUAAAGCGUGACAUGACCAAGUAUCCGCCAGCACAACAAGCCCACAUCGCCAAUCGACAGCCUGUUGUCUUGCAUCCAGAUUGCGCAGACAGUCUGAGAGCUGGUGGUUUGGAUCCUGCUAAGGAUAUCGACAUCGUCAUGUUAAGCCACGUUCACUGGGAUCACGAAGGAACGCCAGAAGACUUUCCCAACUCCCAGUUUGUGGUUGGAUCAGGCACACUGCAUCUUCUUGAAAACGGCGCCCCUCCUCAUUAUCCAAAAGAAAUUUUCAAUCCAGAAUUACUCCCGCGAGAUCGGACCAUUGAAUUGCCCCCUGUAUCAAAGAACAGUACUACUACGGCGGCAAAACAGACCGACCAUACGUGGAAGCCGUUUGCUGGAUUUCCUGCGACCAUCGACUUCUUUGGCGACGGCAGUGUCUAUGUCGUUGACAGCCCAGGCCACCUUUUCGGACAUGUCAACCUGCUCGCACGUGUUGCUCCACACAGUUGGGUCUAUCUAGGCGGUGAUUGUUGUCAUGAUCCGAGAAUUUUGACCGGCGAGAAGGACGUAGCGCUCUAUGAUGACGGACAUGGUGGCCUAAGGUCAGUCCACGUGGACACGGAACAAGCCAAGGAGACACUCAAGAGGAUUGGGCCAUUGCUGAAGAAACCGAGUCCAGCUUUUGACGACCAGACAGAGGUUGAGGUCAUUGUUGCCCAUGAUAAAAUUUGGCGGGAAACGAAUCACCAUCGCUUCUUCCCCGGGCGUCUAUAG